UCGACGUCGAGCUCUCAGUCUGUCCUGCGCCGUUGAAACGAGGGUAGCGUCGUUCGACGUCGACGCGACGUCGAGCGCGACGAGUCGACGAGCCGACGAGCCCGUGCCCCUCAGUCCGCGUUCGCUCGCCGUCUCGAGCGCGACAUUUUUUCGCUUGGAAUCGCGCGAUCGCGCGUGCCUUGCCUUUCUCGCUUCUUUACUUCUCUCCUCCUCCUCCUUCUCCUCCUCCUCCUCCUCCUUCUCCUCAUCCUCCUCUCCCUGCCACUCUACAACACACCUUCUCUUCGCUUUUCCGCUUCGACGCUUUCUCGCUUCCUCGAGCUCGUUCCGCUGUUCGUCUUCGAUCUUCCCGUUUGGUGCCGGUCUCGUUCGCGAGAGAAAUCGCGUAUCCGAAGCGUAUCCAGCGGCUUUUGCUCACGGAUUUACCGCGAAGCUACGCGCUCGUCGAGAUCGAGAUCGUUGUCGGCGGAGCACAAUCACCCGUCGAUAAUUACGGAGAAACGUCGCAGCGGCGUCGGCGGCGACGACGGCGUCGGCGACGACAACGACGUACCGUCGUCGGAGCCAUCGGGAGCCGGCCGCGCGGCCCUCGAGCAAUUCUGUGCCAAAGUAUUUACCGAAGGAAACCAGUGCCAAAUUUCGGAGCCGGCCGAGGAGCCGCGGAACGCGUCCGCGAGCGGAAGAAGCCUGGGCAAGCCGGUAAGACAUCUGCGAGCGACCCGAGCCCGAAGUCGAAGAGCGAACGAUGAGAAGGCCUGUUCCACCGAGGAAGAAGCGAUCGUGGUAGCCGGAGGGUGCACGGACCUGGAUCGGGCUGGAUCCGUGUCGAUCGGUGUGAUGGUCUCGGGGUGGUGUCCGUGCGUGCCACUCGGCCGCCGGGAAUCACCGGUCCAGCAGCAGUCGGCCUCCUCGUCGAGGUGUUUCGGGAACGACGGUGCACCGUUCACCGUCAGCGCCGCGACGGACCACGCAGAAAUGGUCCAGAUGUUCUACUACGAGAAUCGCGGGAAAUGCUGCAAGAAGCUGCUCCGGUACAACGGCUAUCCGAACAAGGUGCUUCUGUUCCCGGAGGAGGGCUGGGCGAGAAGCGCGAGUAGUUCCUACUGGACCUUGACGCCGUUCUGGUGGAGUCGAAGUCGGUGCAAGGUCGUCGAAGUCGCUGGGACCAGGAGGUACAGCACUCAGGCGAAAAUGGUGGACACUGGGACAGGCACGCUUUACAUUAUCGGUUCCUUUAAGAGAAUGACAACCGAUCCCGAUUUCAAGUUGUACCUGACGUCGAACGUCUCGUCGAGCGACUUCAACAUGGGUUACAGUAUGACGGGCACGCUGGAGCGCGGCUGCAAAAAGACCAACACCUUCCAAAUGACUCACUUCGCGGUGAUACGUCGGCGAGACUACGAAAAGGCCUACGAGGAUCCGAACACCACCUAGUGUCCGUCCACGCCCACGCUGUCCGAGCGUGGGGAUUGCGAGCACUACGCGUGAGAAAGAGAGGGGAAGAGGAUGGACGCGUGUGCGCUGCGGGGCCUGUGCCCGCUCCGGCCCGUUCCAGCCCGCUCCAGCCCGCUUCGGUCCGCUUCGGCCCGGUCGGCGCGCGCGCCCGCACACCAUCGCCAUCAUCGUCGUCGUCGUCGUCUUGUCGUCGUCGCUGUCGUCGCUGUCGUUGCCAGUUGUCGUCGUCGUCGUCGUCGUCGUUGUCGUUGUUGUCGCUGUCGCUGUCGCGAUCCGAGCUUACAACGAGCGAGCGUAGAUGUAGGCGGGCCACGCGGGGCGAGCAACCGUGAAACAAAAAGCAAAUGUCAAACGUCCAAAGGUAGUGUUUAAAACGAAUAUUAGAUCGAACGAGAUAUAAUAGUUUGUAAUUAUAGCGACGAACGAUACCUAAAUGCCGUGUACGCAACGCGAAGCUGCGCGGUCAUCGAGGAUACCAAAAACGAUUUUCCAAAGUAUUAGCAUGUAAGGUCGUGUCGGAGAAACGGACGGGGAACGGGCGCCGCUCGACGCUCGCCCACGGUUUCCUAUGCAGCAGCACCCUAACGGCGAUCGCGUUCCGCCACCCGUCCGUCGUUCGCGCGCGAAAUAAUCCCGAACGGUGAACGUGUUCCAACGUGUUCACCUCGGAUAUCGGUACUAUGCUCGCGCCGCACAGCCGACCGAUCGAUCCGAUCCGAUCGGUGACGCGGCCGCGAACGACACACAGCGGUUUCAAAUGCGAUUCUGGCUAAGCAAGAUCUUUCUCAUCGUUUUUUACUUCUCGCCGUACUUAUCCCGGCAACCGCGCCGGUCUUUAAAACUCCGUUCCCAUACAAACUGCGAUAUCAGCGUUUCCAUUCCGUUCCGAAUUGCGGCAACACCGAUAAGUUGAAAUUGAAAGCCUGUAACCUGUCUGUUCUAGCAAAAUUGUAAGAAUUAUAGGCGAUCUUGUAGGAAACGGUUGACUGAAUUUCUCCAAUCGAGCAAGCGUUGCAAUUGGAUCAACGAUCUUCGUGCAAAAUGGGAAUUCGAUGCAUCGUCGGUUGCGCAAGAAACGAGAGUCGGAAGUGUAAUUAUCCUCUAUUCUUCGACUUAUUGAAUCUUUCUUUUGUUAUAACCUUGACAUAAUCUUGACUGAAUCGGUUGAUUCAAGCAAGCGUUGCAAUUAGAUCGCCGAUCUUCGUGCAAAAUAGGAAUUCGAUGCAUCAUCGGUUGUAAAAAGAAACGGGAGUCAGCAGUGUAAUUAUCCUCUCUCGAAUAACUUUCGCGAAAACAGUGUAUCACCAUUCUUCGACCUAUUGAAUCUUUCUUUUGUUAUAACCUUGA